GCCGUCCCGCAGGUCACUUUCCAGUGUGUCACAUCCUCCUGCACCAGGGAGAGCAGGAAACAGCAAACUCCCAGUAUGAGGCAAAGCAUUCCCAUCGCAGCAAUUGGUCCACGGGAGCUAUAAAUUGGUCUCCUCCAGAAACAGAUCAGAAUUUGUCUGUGGGGAGGUCAGCUGGAAAGUAAAGAGGCCAUGGAGAGAAACGGUGCUGCCUUUCCCCAAACACCAGACCCCACACACCACUUCCACAUUUCGCUGCUGGAUCAGAGACGGAGGCUGCGUGGGCAGAUCGCUCACCUUCACAAGGCAGCUCGCAAACUCAGCAAGCUCCGCAAGAGGUCCCUGAUCGCCAACGUGAGCGGCAGCACGCUGACCGCAGCGGGGGCGGUCACGGCCAUCGUGGGGCUGUCCCUGAGCCCGGCCACCCUGGGAGCCUCUCUCCUGGCGUCGGCUGUGGGCCUGGGUCUGGCUGCUGCUGGCGGGGCUGUCAGCAUCACCUCCGAUCUCUCCUCGGUGCUCUGCAAUUCCCGAGAGGUGAGGAAGGUGCAGGAAAUCGCCAUGACUUGUCGGAAACAGAUGAGGGAAAUCCUCGGCUGCCUGGAGUUCCUUCGCCGGGGGCAGGGCCCCGGGGACCCCACGCUGCGCCAAUCGGAGAAGAGGGCCUCCAUCUCCCUGUACAACUCCGUCUGCUUCAUGGUCUUCUGUGGCUCCCACGCCUUCCUCGUGCCGGAAUACACAAAGGAGGUCACAAAAGUCAGCCAAGCGGUGCUGAAGGCCAAAAUCCAGAAGCUGGCAGCCAAUCUCGAGACCUGCACCAGGGCAAUGGAUGAAGUCUGUGAACUUCUGGAGUCUAGGACAGAGCUUUCUCAAUGUAUGAGGAGACUCAAUUUGGGUUCUGUAACCACUGCUGAGAUCCCAAGAUCAUCCAGCUGAGACAGGCUUUGCCCCAUAAUUAAACCCAGGCUUGGAAACAUUAAAUUAUUAACUGUUACCAACAGCACUGCUGCCUGUUGCUGUUGUACUGUUGGUGGUGCUGAUCCACACAGGUGUGAAUAUCUCUCUUGUGCCUUAUCUAUAUCUAAACACAAACUCCUUCCUGAUAAGAAGCUAAAGCUCCCACACACACUGCCAACUGACAGUAGCCACGAUUCAGGUUGGAGGUUAUGAUGGACACGUAGACUACUGUGCACAGAGCAGCAGAUCCUAGAGCCUGAAUGCAGGCUUAGGUGGCUGUUCCUCAGCCUCAUGUUUCCCCAGCUCCUCUCCAGCUCUCCUUAGCCAAGGCAGCAAAAAGAAGCAGGUCAGGAGGCUGAGGAAAUCCCUGCAUUCCUGGUUCUGACUGAACCUGGUUUGUAAAUAAAAGGGCUGAGGUACCCUCCCCAAAAAAGGCAGCAGUUUCCAAUAGAGUACAGUCUGGUUACCAAGGUACAUCUGGAAAGGCUGUUGAAGGAAGCAGCUCCAGAUAUGACAGACUUCAUGGAUGGCUCAUCACCCCAAGGCGAAAUAGCAGGGCCAGAAAUUGUUAUGCUUCUUGAAGAAACUUCUCCAGGCUCAGAACUGU